UACAUUUAUAUACAUAUGUAUGUAUAUAUAAAUAUAGAUGAAUAUAUGUAUAUGUGUAAAGGAAUGUUGUGUGUGCAUAAUAUGUACACAGUUGAGCAAAGCAGAGAAAUGCAAUUAAAAAGUAAACAAGAACAAGCAUAGCGCAGCAGCAGCACAAGCAACAACAGCAAUUGAUAGCUAGUCUAGAAAAGUAGAAAUACAAAUAAGAAAAUAAAAUAUUUUUAAAAAAAAGUAUUGCGAAAAUUAAGCCCCAGCAGCAUUAGGAAUAAUUUAGCACAAGACAGCGUCAUCAGCAACCAAAUACAAGACAAAAAAAAACUCAUAUAUUCAAAUAUUAAAGAAGUCGGUCGUUUAUAAAAACUAUGCAUAAACCCAAAAGUAAAUGUUCGCAAUCGAAGUUUAAUAAUAAUAAUAACUAAAACGUGUUCGAGAACCAAAAAUAUUGAAAAAAAAAGAUGAAAGUGCUUUGCAGCAGCGGCGUUUGACAGAAAGGCAAAACAAGCAACAACAGUGUAGAAAAAGAAAAGAGGUCACAGGAGCGUUGGCUGUAUAUUUAGUCAAAAUUUAUAUAUAUAUAUAUAUAUAUAUACAUAUAGAUAUAUAAAUAUAUAGCCUGCGUAUAUACAUGACUGCAUACAUUUAACAACAAAAGUGACGGUGUCUGAUUGAGUAUAAAGUUUAGCUCGGAGAAAUUGAAAACAUACUAAUGGAGGGAGAGAGAGAGAGAGAGAGAGAAAGAAAGAAAGAAAGAGGGAGAGGGAGCACGAAAUAAAUAAAAAACAAUAUGGCUUAGUACACAACAACAAAUUAUAAUCAAAUGUGAAAAGAACUUUUGCACAGACAUGCUAAUACUCAUCUCAUCUACAUCUAUGUAAAAAUCUAAAGAAAUGAAAAAACUAAUGAAACUAAUUCAAAUUAAUCAAAUGCACUCAUUUUAAAGUGUUUGAAAAUCUAACGAAAACAGAAAACAGAAAAAAUUAUGAGAAUCUUUUUUAUAUAACUUUGUAGAUGUGCACAGCAAAAUCAAAAAAUAAGAAAAACUUUUGUUUCUCUUGGAUUCGAAGCAGAAUUGCAUAGAAGUGUCGUUUUAAGUACAAAAGAAGAUAUUUAAAAGACAUCUAAAGAGUGUAAAUAAAUCAUAAACAACAACAAGCGCUUCAAUAAUAUCUUGCGACACCAUUUUCGCCAUCGAUAUAUAAAACGAAUUUAAGAAACGGCAUAUUAAAACCAAAGUGAACACGUUUUCAUCCAUUAGAUCAUAAAAAAAUUUUUGAAUACUUAUGUGGAUUAAUAAUUAAUUGCAUCGCACUUAAAGUAGACAUUGCGAAAAAACCGCCUGUAUGCUCCUCGAAACACAAUACGCUACGAAUAGUUAAAUAAAUCACUUUGUAUAGGGUAGUAAAAAGCUAGGGGUGGAGAGAAGCAGUAAAAGUUGUUGUUUGCCCUCGAUUGUAAAAAGGCAAAGAAUUAUGGCGAACCCACGAAAGUUUAGUGAAAAGAUUGCGUUGCAAAAACAAAAGCAAGCCGAAGGUACGGCGGAAUUUGAGAAAAUUAUGAAUGAAGUGAAAGCCACGCGAGUGCUGGAAAACAAUUUAAAUAAUUCAGAUAAUGCAGAUUUAAACGCAACAAUACCUAGGAUUCCUAGUUGUAGCAGCGGAAGUAAUAGCGGAGCAAGUGGUGGAGGUGCAUCGCCAGACGCUGUAACGGCGGGCAGUGGAUGUAUAAGUAGCGGUGGAUCUCCGACUCCAACGUAUCGAGAAUCGCGAGGGCGAAGUGUCGGUGUGGGGCCUAUGCGACGUCCGUCGGAACGAAAACAAGAUCGUUCCCCAUACGGUAGUACCAAUAGUGGUAUAACAAUGGGUGGUAUGCCUGCAACUAAUCAAAAGUCUUAUUUAAGUCCGCCCAUUGAUUCCAGCUGGCGUCGCUCAAAUUCAGAUUCUGCAUUGCAUCAAACCCUCAAUUUAGCCGAGGGCGAUUAUGGACCUAAUGUUGUGAUUGCUAAUAUGGUUGGUGAAAUGAAUUCUUUGCAUGCCAACUAUCAGCAUCAUCAUCAUCAUCAAAGAUCUCACUCGCCACACAUUGGACGAAGUUUUAGUCCACAAGCACAAAGAAGAAAAACUGCUUUAAUGCAGCAACAGCAGCAUGCUCAACAGCAGCAAACGAAUCAUCAUCAACAGCAACAACUUCACCAACAAAGACUUCAAAUACAACAUCAACAGGCUCAACAACAGCAACAACAAAUUCAACAGCAUUUGCAUCAGCACCAGCAUCAUCAUUUACAGCAAUUACAACCGCAACAGCAACAGCAGCAACAGCAACAGCAACAACAACAACAACAACAACUGCAUCCACAACAACAAACAUCAUAUAAUGCCAAAUUUCCCAACACUAACACUAUACCAGCCAAUGUCAUGUUCAAAUCUUUGCAAGAGCAACAAUUAAAUUUUGCUAACACGGGCUCGUUGCCCGAUCUCACUUCCGUUCAUUACGGGAGUUCAGUUCCCGCUACCAAUCAAACAAUGAUGACGGCAACACAACAGCAACAAAAUUUAACGCCUAUUUUAUCGCCUCACAAUAACGGAUGCCAUCAUGAACGCGAUCAGUCGCCCAGUCCGUUUAGUCUCGCUAAUGGUGGUGGCGGGGCGGUCGCACCUCAAUCACCAUAUCGCCAACAACAAAACUCGCCAACAUCAGCUGCCAAUUCAUCCACAGCAAACGCACAAACAUCUCCUCAUUUAUCAUUCACCAAUUUAUCGGUGCAAUCGCCAACUGCUAGCAGUGCGGCUCAAAGCGCUACACAGACCGCAGUCAGCACCGCGGCAGUCUAUAGCACGCUUCCCACGUUGGGGGCCAACAAUCCAACAAAUAAUAUAACCGAUUAUCGGCAACCUUUAAAUCCGCCAAGUCCGGGAUCGUCUCCAGGGCUCUUGACUUCCGGUACAACUACUAAUGAAUUAAAUGCCAGCGCCCCGCCUAGUCCUGUCAGACAUCCUCAAAGUACAGCGAAUCUAAACAAUGGGCAGCUACAAAACGCCGGUGUAGCAACCGCCUUCGGAACACUGGAUAGCAGUAGUCCUUACAAUUCUUUAAAUCCAGCUUUCCAUAACCAUUUCGAGCAGUUCCACUUGGGUGAUAGCAGUCAAUCACCGCAAAAUAACUAUGAAGCUUUAGAUUUUGAAGAUUUUGUUGUUAGUGGCAGUGCCGCCACACAGCAAGCGCCCAAUUUCACAAACAAAUUACUGGAUUUCGGUGAUUUAACACCACAAGCCGCCACAAGCAGAAAUAGUCCUGUGAAUAGUAACGAUAAUUCUACCACUGUGUGUAGUAACAAUAAUAACAAUAACAACUUAUCAGGCGCACAAAAUCAGCAACAAAUGCAGCAGCAACAGCAACAGCAACAGCAUUUAAAUAAUAAUGCUGUGAUAAGUGCCACAAACAGUAAUAGCGUUAAUAGCACAAAUGCCAAUGGUCUUACAACAUGUCGUUCGUUGGGUGGCAUAGUUAAUAACAAUGAUAGUUCCAAUCCAAAUGUAAGACAAGAUAUAAUCUCGACUGCUUCCUCGCCUAUACCUUCCCCCCUAAAUCAUUGUGUGCCAUCGCCAUCGUCUCCGCUACCAAUUCCAAUAUCGGCGCAUUCACCCCAUCAUCAAUUGUCGCUGUCUGUACAGACAUCGCCACAUCAUUCUCCGUUACAUUCGCCACAAAAUGCACCUUCGCCGCUUUCCGUGUCUUCGCCGGGUCUAACAAUGUUAGGUUGCGGUAAUAUAUCACCGGUACCUUCAUCCGCAAGUCAUAUUAUGGCCACAAAUCAUUUAAACAAUCAAAAUCAAACACAACUUAAUCAACAACAGUCUACGCAACUUCAACAACAACAACAACAACAGAAUCAAACAAAUACACCAACAACUACCACCAAUAUACCGCAGAUUAUAUUCUCUGAUUAUUCGUCGUCACGCGACAUAUUUGAUCAUUUAGAUCUAGAUUUGGGACAAAUCGAUGAACCCGGUCUUCAAAUGCUAUCCGAUCAGAAUCCUAUCAUGAUUGCCGAUCCUUCAAUAGAGGACAGCUUUCGCAGAGAUCUUAACUGAUACUACGAGGAAGCUGUUGCAGCCAUCGAAAGCGGAAUCCUACUUGAAGACUCAUUUGAUCCUUUAGGUCCGCUGGUCGACGUGUCUGAAGUAUUAGGUAAUCCUAUCCAAUUAAUAGGUCCCAAUAAUAAAAAUCACACUGACGAAACCGAUAAAAACAAUGAUCCUAACAUUAGCGGCUUAGGAGAUCUCGAUAAUGAAAUUUAUGAGGAAGAAGAUGAAGAAGUACGAAAUUUUUUUUUCUAAACAAUUAGGCUUAAUAAAAACAAACGUGAAAAUAAGUUGAGAGAAAAUAAUAUGCAACAGCUUUAUUUAGACACAUAAGCAAGUUAAAUAAGUCAGUCAGGCGUCAAUCAGUCAAAUCGAUUAUUCAUAUAUAUAUAUAUAUAUAUAUAUAUAUAUAUA